AUGUCCGAUCUUUGUGCGCGGUUGGGGUGCAAAAGUGUCCGCGCGCUUCAAUCUCACUCCUCGUCUUUGUCCGUCUUUGUCCGUGCUUGUUUUCGCCAAGUCCCAGUAGACAAACGGCUGAGAGUGUUCCCGUCGCAAGACAUAAAAAAUGGUGAUUGCUUGACAAUUACAAGUACUUUUUCCUUGAGGUUUUUACAGCCUCAGACCCAUCCUCUCGCCUUUGCACAAUUGCUCCCUCCCUUGAAAAUAAUUGUGAUGUUCGUCCUGCGCGAGAAGCAGUACUCAAUCCGCCGUCCCCAGGAACCGACGCGUGAUUUCUUCCCAAUCCUCUACCCACCCGGCAUGAAGCGUAAUCCAUCUCUCCACGUCCCACACCGCCACCCUCUUGUUCCACGAUCCAGCUACCACACGUCUUCCGUCCCCACUCAUCACAACCCUACGCACCCCACCACCCGCGCCUCCAACUAA